AUGGAAGAGACGUUAAGUUCAUCAACAAUAAUCAACUCUUCCAAUUUAGGGUUUCAGCUAUUGAAGAAGCAGGGUUGGAAAGAAGGGACUGGUCUUGGGAUUUCUGAGCAGGGUAGAUUAGAACCCGUGGAAACUCACAUGAAGAAUAAUAAGCGCGGUUUGGGAGCAGAUAAGGUGAAGAAAAGGAUAGUGAAACCUGAUAAUUGUGCUGAUUCCUCUAAAGGAGACAAUAAGCAGGAACAUUUGUCUAAAAAGAAAACCAAAGCACUUUCUAAACGUGUGCGAAAGAUGCAGGAGUUAGAAAAGAAGAUGCAGGAGAAGGAAUUUGAGCGCGCUUUCUUUAGAGAGUUCUGGCCUGACAAUGUAUGA